AUGUGCUCAGCACAAGAGCAAACACUUUUUCAAGUGAAGUACUCUCAUGACUCAGCCAUGCAUGAUAAUGAAGACACCAUUUCAAGGAGGCUUGGAGCCACUACCAAAACAUGUUCAUAUUUCAUCAUCGCUACUCUUGUUGUAUUGCUCAUCAUUGCAUUAGCCACCAUCAUGGUCUUGGCCUCUCAGAGGACGGCAACUCAUCCUGCCAAGGAGGGCAUUGCAAAGCCCAUCAGGACAGGGAACAUCUCUGAAGACUAUUUAGGUAUUCUACAGAAAGUGCCGUUUAAGACCUCCGCUGCGUACAUGAGAGUGUCCAGACCUGUAAACAGCUCCAAACUGAGCCUGGUCCAAAAGGGUAUUUGUGAAGACAUCCAAUGCAAGAGCCAAGAGCUGGUGAUAAAGAAUCAAGGCAUCUAUUUGAUUUUUUGCCACUUGAACUUCCAUUUUCCCAGCUGUUCAAACAGACCUAUCGACCUCAAGAUAGAUCUCCUCGUGAAUGACAAUGUCAGCAGGCAAACAUUAUUCACAUGGUGCACAGCAGAAAUGUGCCAGGAAAAGACUUUUAAGACCUUGUUCCAGCUCCAUUUGACACACCUCAAUGUGGAGGACCGCGUCUCAGUAACACUUAACCAUCCUAAAUUCUUGAAUGAUAUUUCUCUUCCCAAUGAAAAUGUUCUGGGGGUCUUUAGGUACAGUGAUGACAUGUGA